UCAGCGCUGCAACUUCCCUAAGCACUCAAUUGAAGCCGAUCUCCCCCAAAACUCAAAUUUUACUGCCUCUGUUUUCGCUGCAAAUGUAUGACUUUGAAGCUGUGAACUUCCCUGAAUCACAUGACACGGAGUCGAGUGACAUUGCUAGGGUUUGGCCCAGUUAUUUCCCUGAUGUGGAGCUUGCAGAUGAUGAUCGGAGGUUGAAAUUAGUGCGAGAGCUAUGCAUCUUCUUGCUCACUAAGGAAGGAGACUAUCUGCUCUCUCUGGUUAAGCGUGAUGAUGGGAUAUUAUAUCUUCCUCUUGACUUUCACCAGCUUCAAAGGAGCUGUAAUGUUGAGGAAUUUUAUGCAGCACUAGAAGUAGCUCCAAAGGAGGCCCUCUUAAGCAUGGGUGCUGCAGUACACAAGCAGGUUUUGUUAUCCAGAGGGAAAAACCAGUUAGAGAAUGAGGAGAAGAUUAAUAUACGUCUGCACAGCCAUCCUGCAUCAAUGAUUGCAUUGAAGAACCUAAAGUCUGCCUACAUUGGCAGGCUUGUCUCUGUUCGUGGUACUGUUGUCAAAGUUAGCACAGUCAGGCCAUUAGUGGUGAGAAUGAGUUUUGCAUGUGGGAAGUGUGGAACUGUUAUUCCACGUGUAUUUCCCGAUGGGAAAUACUCACCUCCAAUGGUUUGCAAUUCACAUGGAUGCAAAAGCAGGACCUUUUUCCCCAUAAGAUCUACAGCUCAACCUAUUGAUUUUCAAAAAAUAAGAGUACAAGAACUGCAGAGGUCGGAAUUUCAUGAAGAAGGCCGGAUGCCUCGAACAGUGGAGUGUGAGUUGACUGAAGAUCUUGUUGAUGCAUGUAUACCUGGUGAUGUGGUGACGGUUUGUGGGAUCAUAAAAGUAAUUAACACCUAUAUGGAUGUAGGAGGAGGAAAAUCAAAAAGCAAAAAUCAGGGACUAUACUAUUUGUAUCUUGAGGCAGUUUCCAUUAGAAAUUCUAAAUCCCAAUCUGCUGCUGAAGAUUUGCAAGUUACCAAUGUUGAUUUUAGAGCUGGCUUGUUGACUGAUUUGUAUGCCUUUUCCCCGAGGGAUUUGGAGUUCAUUGUUAGGUUCUCAGAGGAGCAUGGAUCAAAUAUCUUUUGUCAACUUCUUCACUCUAUUUGCCCAUCCAUCUAUGGCCAUGAGCUUGUUAAAGCGGGUAUAACACUUGCAUUAUUUGGGGGCGUGCAAAAGAACUUGAUGGACCAGAACAAAGUCCCUGUACGAGGAGACGUCCAUGUCAUUAUUGUUGGUGAUCCUGGAUUGGGUAAGAGCCAACUGUUGCAAGCAGCAGUUGCUGUUGCUCCACGGGGGAUUUAUGUAUGUGGUAACGCGACAACAAACGCAGGCCUCACGGUAGCGGUGGUUAAGGAUCCCCUGACAAGUGAUUAUGCAUUUGAAGCUGGAGCCAUGGUGCUAGCUGACCGCGGCUUGUGUUGUAUUGAUGAGUUUGAUAAAUUGUCUGCGGAACAUCAGGCUCUUUUGGAGGCCAUGGAACAACAAUGUGUCUCUGUUGCAAAAGCUGGAAUGGUAGCCAGUUUAUCUGCACGAACAUCUGUGUUAGCUGCAGCAAAUCCUGUUGGGGGUCACUAUGACCGAGCAAAGACUGUGAAUGAAAAUCUGAAAAUGAGUGCUACUCUCCUCUCGCGAUUUGAUUUGGUCUUUAUAUUACUUGACAAACCGGAUGAACUUUUGGAUAAGCGGGUUUCUGAACAUAUCAUGGCACUUCAUGCAGGGUAUGCAGAAUGUUUUCAGGCUCCGAAGAAACUUCGUAAUGAAAUUCAAAAUAAUGGGGUCAUAGAAAUGGGUGUCAGAAGUGGAUCCUUGGUUUCAAGGUUGAGACUUGAUCCUGUGAACGACAAAGAUUUUGUUCCUUUACCUAGUCCGCUUCUACGCAAGUAUAUUGCUUAUGCAAGAAGUUUUGUCUUCCCAAGGAUGUCAAAGGUUGCAGCAGAAAUUCUACAGAAGUUCUACUUACAGUUAAGGAACCACAACAGUGUUGCAGAUGGAACACCCAUUACUGCCAGGCAGCUUGAAAGUCUUGUUAGGCUUGCAGAAGCCCGUGCACGGUUGGAUCUUCGUGAAGAAAUAACGGGGCAAGAUGCUUUGGAUGUGGUAGAAAUUAUGAAAGAAUCUCUUUAUGACAAAUUUGUUGAUGAGCAUGGGUUUGUUGAUUUUGGCCGGAGUGGUGGUAUGAGUCAACAGAAGGAAGCAAAACGGUUUUUAGCUGCUCUCCAAAAACAAUCCGAGUUGCAUAAGAAAGAUUGCUUUUCAGUGUCCGAAAUUUACAGUUUGGCUGAUAAGAUCGGCCUCAGAGUUCCAGACAUGGAUGUCUUUAUAGAGAAUCUGAACAGCAACGGUUAUCUGCUUAAGAAGGGGCCAAAAACAUACCAGGUUCUCUCAUCAUCCUACUCCAAGACUCAGGGCAGCAGUCAAAUUACAAGGUCAAGGGGUUGAGUUGCAACCUGCGAAAGCCUGAACUUUAGCUAAGUGCCUACGGUUCUGUUCUGCUGGGACCUUUGCAUACCUCAUUUUGUUUCUGAUUUGUCUCUUUUUGUUUGGUCAUAAAAUUCAUGUAAUUGCAGAUUUCUGUAUAUAGUUGGUGCCUCCUGACAGUAUGUUACAGGAAAAUGGAACUUUAUGGGACCAACCAACAUUUUGUAUAUUUUCUCCGUUUCAGUUGCAAAUAUUUGUCGUUCCAUAUGUAAGAAAACUCCAUGCAUCUGUAUAUAAAUUGGACAUGGUAAAGAACAUCAUAUUGAGGAGCAUGGGACUUAGCUCUAUGCUCCAAAUAAAUAAACCACCACUUGUUUGCGUACAAAAUAUUACAUUUUAUUUGUAGCCUACUCGUUGGCUUCAACCAAAACAGGUUAAACAAAAUUACGCAUUCCAUAGAUAUCACAAGUGAGUUUACUGCUGAACUACUAGAGAAUGGCUUGUUCCCGCUUUGAAAUAUUAACUGGCACUAGAGGUCAAGGAAUCCCUAAAUGUGUGUGAAGGGCUAUGUCUAUUGUAAACCGAGGAUCUCAAUGUAGAAACCUAUCAAAAGAAUUCAAGGAUUUCAGUAGCCAUCCAUGCAUAAUACAGUUAGAAUAUCCAACAUCAUUUAAGAAAAUAUAUAUGGAGAAGAAUUUUUUUGUUGAACGAGAUUAAAGAUCACGAGUGCUCUGACUUGCUUCACCAAUCUCAUAUCAAUAAUCUUUCUUUUCUUU